AUGGCGGUAGGCAUUGCAGACGAAAUGGAAGAGCCAGUGACAAUUACCAAUUUUGAAUCCAGAAUGUCUCCGUUCAAGCACUCGGCCAAGGCUCUCUACGGACUCGUAGACAUGGGCAGCAAUGGCAUUCGAUUCUCGAUAUCCGACCUCUCUCCACCUCGAAGCCGCAUCCUGCACUGUCUGUACCGCGACCGCGCAGGGAUUUCGCUCUACGACGCUCUCCAUUCCUCCAGCGAUACCCUCAACUUCCCACCGAAGAUUAUCAGUGAAGUAGCAGCCACACUGGGACGCUUCAAGCAUAUCUGUGAUGCACAUGGUGUGCCGAAGGAAAAUAUAAAUGUCUUUGCGACGGAGGCAAUGCGUACGGCUAGCAAUAAGGACAAAAUGUUAGCGGCAAUCCAAAAAUCGAGCGGAUUGACCGUCGGUCUACUGAGUCCGGAAGUGGAGAGUCUAUUUGGAGCCAUGGGUGCGAGAAGUGGGUUUGAUAAGGUCGAUGGGCUAUUCAUGGACCUCGGUGGUGGCAGUGUCCAAAUGACUUAUGUCAACUCCUCCACGGCCGAGUACGAUAUAUUGGCUGCAGGUGCUGCACAAAGUAUGCCAUACGGUGCAGCAAAAGUUUCAGCGGCAUUGCAAGCCAAAUCGUCGGAACAACAAGUAAAGACAGAAUUGAGACAAAGAAUGAAGGCAGCAUUUGACGGCUUAGCGGCCAGAUUUCCCAAAUUAAAGGAGCAAGCAGAUCACAAGGACGGAGUAACAAUAUACUUCUGCGGGGGUGGCUUCCGAGGAUAUGGGAGCAUGCUAAUGCACACGGAUCCCAUUCAGCCCUAUCCAAUUCCGUCUAUUGCGGGAUAUACUGUCGAGGGACAUCGAUUCAUCAAAUGGCGGGAGAUGCUACACGCGAAUAAUACUGACGAGGGGAAGAUAUUUGGACUUUCAAAGAGGAGACGCGAGCAAUUCCCGGCUAUUGUUACGGUGGUACAAGCCCUCGUUGAAGCGAUUCCCAAGAUCAAGCAAGUUACCUUCUGUAGUGGCGGAAAUAGAGAGGGCGUCUUAUACAUGAAACUCCCAACUCACGUUCGAGAAAGCAACCCUCUGUCCCAGCUGACGGGAUCGGCUAUGUCCUACGAAGCUGCAGAAGCAGUUGCAAAGACGAUAUCUUCUGGUCUCACUACCAAGGUCCCAGGCAUAUUCUCCCCGGAGAUACUUCACUAUGUGGUGCAGAAUACCUGGCUCGGUAUGGGUGAAUCUGACGAUGCCAAUUCUGCUAAGGCCCUUCAUGAAUCCAUAUCAGGAGCACUUGCAGGCCUUCCGGGCUUGACGCAUGAGAUGCGGGCUAUACUGGCACUUACUAUGUGCUCCAGAUGGGGCUCAGAUUUAGGGCCUAUCGACCAGCAAUUGGCCCAUAAUCUGCAAGAUCUUAUUGGUCAUGACUUAACCUGGUGGUGUCGUUAUGUCGGUACUCUAGCCAAACUAAUUGCAACCAUUCGCCCUGAUUAUGGCAUAAGCGCCGUCGAUGAGCCUUCCGCAAAAUCUGGGAUUCUGUCUCUACGAUCCGAGGUGUCUCAUGGGCUGGGAAAGAAAGGCCAUAAAAGUGGCAUACGUCUAGUGAUCUACUUGAAAGAUCAUGAAAGUAUAGGCAUAUUCAUGAGUGAUAUUGAGAGUAUGUUUGCGAAGGUCGGCAAAGGGCUUCGUGCAGAGUGGAAGGUGGAAGCUGAGGUGAUAGCUGGUCCGUGA